AUCACUAUGAUGAAUUAGUCAAUUAUAUUCGUGAGGAGCUCACUAACUGCAGAUUACGGAACAAUCAAAUUCACGACAAACCUAACACUGACGAAUAUGAUGAUUAUGAUUUUCUAAAUUCAACUUUAUUAUCCGUUAACACUACUG